AUGAGUACGGUGAAUGAAUUUUCCAUAACAGGUACAAUAAACUCUAAACACAAUUCUACUUUCAUUACUCCUGUGCCUAAGAAGGAUCACAUAGAGACUAUCAAAUAUUGUAGACCUAUCUGUCUUCUAACUAGUGUGUACAAGAUCAUAGCAAAAGUUCUGGAUACAAGGCUAAAACUUGUGAUGGAUAAGCUUAUUUCCCCUGUUCAAUGUGCAUAUAUUGAAGGGAGACAAAUUAUUGAUGGUACCUUAAUUGCCAAUGAAUUGGUAGACUCUAGACUCAGGUCUGGAAAUGCUGGUAUUGUGUGCAAAAUUGAUCUUGAGAAGGAUUUCGACAGAAUCAAUUGGAAAUAUCUGGACUUUGUGUUAAAACAAAUGGGCUUCAGCAGGAAAUUAUGUAAUUGGUUGAAUUUUUGCUACUCUACUUCUUCAUUCUCAGUUCUUAUCAACGGAUCACCUUUUGGGUAUUUCACAAGUACAAGAGGUGUAAGACAAGGCUGCCCAGUGUCCCCUCUUCUGUUCAACAUUGCAAUGGAGGAUGAUACUAUAUUUUUUGUAGAUCAUAAAAAGGAGGAGUUGCAUAACUUAUUCUCAGCUCUUCAUUGUUUUGAGUUUAUUACCGGUUUAAAGGUAAACACAUCCAAAACUAGGCUUAUUACGGUUGGCGAUGUUCCUGAAUUAUCUUUAUGGGCUGAAGAAGUUGGGUGUACAACUGAUUCCUUACCUUUUAUGUACAUGGGAAUGCCACUCGGUGCAAAAUCAGGAUCAAAAGGAAUUUGGGACCCGAUCAUAGAGAAAUUUGAUGCUAGACUAUCCAUUUGGAGAAGGAUAUCAUUAUCUAAAGGAGGAAACAGAAUUGCAUUCUGGAAUGACAUAUGGUGUGGCCAGCAAUCUUUAACUACUUUAUCUCCAAACCUAUACAAACUGGCCAGAGACAAAGAUGUUAGGAUUGCCGAUAUGAUUUUUGUGGAGGGGAAUUGGAGGUUUGAUUUCAAACGUGUCCUAACUAAUUCAGAAGUUGGAGAAUACGCCACUCUCCUCACUGUCAUUGGUGAUAUUCCACCGGUUCGAGAUCAACUUUCAGAUACGAGAAGAUGGAAACUUCAUCCUUCAGGUGUGUUUUCCGUUAAAACUUUAUACCGUAAACUGGUCGAAUCAUAUGGAAUAGAAAAUUUCCCAUAUCUUUUUGUGUGGAAGGCUGUUGUUCCACCCAAAAUCAACCUCUUUGUUUGGAGUUUAGUUCACGGUAGGUUAAACCCUAAAGAUGUCCUCCUGCGUAAGGGAAUUGAGCUGGAUAAUUCAUGUGUCCUUUGUGGUGAUGAUUUAGAAUCUCAAAGCAACCUCUUCCUACACUGUAAAGUCGCUUUCAGAGUAUGGUCUCAACUGUUGCCCACCUCUCGAUAUUCUUGGGUAAUUCCUAAAUCGGUUAUGCAACUUUCUCUUUGUUGGCACAAUACAACCUUUACAAACAAUGGAAACUGUAUUUGGAAUUUGAUACCGGUAGCAAUCUUCUGGUCCUUAUGGAAAGAGCGCAACAACUGUACCUUUGAUGCAAACGAUAUCUUCAAGAUAUAUGACGAUCUGGUCAAUGAAGUUAAGACUUCUAUCCUCCUAUGGGCCGCAGCGGCUGGAAACAGAGUUCAUGUGAAUUUCUCUAGUGCUGUGAUUAAUGAUUGA